AUGGCCGAAAAGAUAGAUAAGCUUCCUACGGCGACAUCUUCACCGGAUCUCUCCAACGGGGAGUCUGGAAUUGAGACAACACUUCCUCAACAUAACAAAGUUCAUUAUGUCGAUCGUGAUCAGAGCGGUCUUCUUCCGGCAUAUGAGGCAGAGCUCAUUCCAGGCUACGAUGCCAAUCUCAUGGGUGCGAGAGCGACUCUGAGUAGCGCUGAAGAGAAGAAGCUCCUAAGACGAAUUGAUUGGCAUCUCAUCCCUCUUCUAGCUGUGAUGUAUAUGCUCAAGAGUGUUGAUUUCACCAAUGUCUCUUAUGCACGAACUAUGGAUAAAGGCACACCUCACAACAUUCUGACAGAGCUCAAAAUGACCUCCAAUCAGUAUAAUCUGGUGACAACUAUGUACUAUAUACCCUAUAUUGUCGCCGAAGCUCCAUCCAACCUGAUAUUGAAAGGCGUGCGACCGUCAGUAUGGCAGGCUCGAAUCAUGGUUUCUUGGGGUAUUGUUCUUUGUUGCCACGCUGCUGUGACAACCCGGCAAGGUUUAUAUGCUGUUCGGUUCUUCCUCGGCCUGUUCGAAGCUGGCCUUUGGCCGGGUAUGCUAGUACACAUAUGCUACUGGUAUAGACCGGACGAAAUUGCACCAAGAGUUGUACUUGUUACUCUCCUGGGAAACUUCAGCUCGGUCAUUAGUGGAGUGCUCGCUUUUGCUUUCAACGGCGUUGUCGCGGGUGGAUUGUCGGGUUGGAAGUGGCUGAUAUUGACUGAAGGCAUUUUUACCGUUUUGCUUGGAGUUUUCACCUAUUUUUUCCUGCCUGACUUUCCGUCUACUGCCUCAUGGCUUUCUGAAAGAGAGAAAGCAUUUAUUCAAGCACGCCUUCCUAGCAACUCUCCGCGAGCAUCAGAAGCAAACUUCAACUUGCAGGAGCUGAUAACAACUUUGAAAAACAAGAGAAUCUGGCUUUUCCUACUAUGCUGGGCCUUCUUCACGAUAGGCACAACUGGUCUUACCUUCUACCAGCCGACCGUCAUCGCCAAUCUCGGGUUUACUUCAAUUGGUCAAGCGCAGCUUUUGAACAUUCCCUCCGCUGUAUUUGCAGUCAUUUUGACCAUCGCAUUUGGAAUCUUCUCGGACACUGGACGUAUUCCACAGCCAGUUAUCCCGCUCUUCUUCAUGAUUGUAAUUGAGGCCUGCUACGGUGUUCUCUAUGCUUUCCCCAGCAAUAGUGGUGUUUACGCUGCCACAAUCAUAGCCGGUGGAUUUUCAACUGCGUGGUACACCAUGAUGUGGCCCUGGAGAGUCCAGACUACCGAGGGGGCAACUGGCUCAGCAUUCGCAAUUGCCUUUGCGAAUAGCUAUGGUCAGAUCGGAGGAGCAGUUGGAUCUCAAUUGUUCAACUCUCGUUACGCACCGCAUUACACUACUUCCUUCGGAAUCGCUAUGGGAUUUAUUGGCAUGGCUAUAGUCAUGAACAUUAUUACUUGGGGAUUUACCUGGAGAGUUGAUGUCGAUACCAGAAAGCUGAAAAGAAUCAGGAUCGCAGCGGCCAAGAAAAACCAAGCUGUGUUGGAUGACGUUGACAUUCAUGUCGGAGAGAAGAAAAGACAGUGA